GGCAAGCAAAAUGAAUGGUUCGAUAAUGACAUUAUUAUUACUGGACACAAAAAGGGUAUAUGGAAUAAAAAUUUGAAAACCAAUAAAGAUUUAACUGGUAAUAAAACGUGUAAAUGGAAUUUAGAAUUGCGGCAUCAGUUAAAACAUGAAAAUAGAAUCGAACCAUCAUCACCUGCGCCCACAGCAGAUAUUGUUGCUUUGUUUCCAGCUGGAAAUCAAAAAAUUCUUUAUAGCGGAGAUUCAUCUGGAAAAGUUUAUUCAUGGAACUUACCAGAUACAAAAACAGAAUCUCAUUGGAUGCAAGAUGGACAAACUGACAAUUGUUUGAAAUGCACCGUAAAAUUCGCCAAAGAAAAAUUCACUGUAAAACUUGUGGUGGUAUCUUUUGUUCGAGUUGCACUCGACAUGGAUUUGACAGAAAUUCAAGAUUUUGUGAAUAUUGUUGUUCGAAGAUAG